UGAGUUGAUUCACACAAAUCCCGGUCUGGCGUCGCGACCAAUCGCGCUGAGCCGGUGACGCUUCGGAGGGGCCGUCCGUCCGUGCGCCUGCAUUCAUAAACGGAUGUGAUAAGUGUUGAAUGUACUGUACAGAGACGAAACUUGGACCAUGGCGGAAGAAGACGACACGAAAAUCCGGAUUUUGCAAAGCCUCCGAGGAAAGAUAUGCGAAGCAAAGAAUCUGGGUCCUAGCUCAGGGCCGAACCGUCUCCGUGACCUCUGCACCUUCUGUACAAUCAGUUUGGACCAGGAGGAAGUAUAUCGCACAAAAGUCUAUGAGAAGAGUGUAAGUCCGUUCUAUAGCGAGGACUUUUACUUCGAAAUCCCACGGCCGUUCCAAUGCCUGUCCUUCUACGUGUACGCCAAGAGCAUGUUCCAAAUAAGGGGGGAUAUACCUGUAGGGAAAGUAGCCAUCAGGAAGGAAGAUCUAUAUAAGUACUGCGGGAAAGAGAAUUGGUUUCAGUUGCAGCCUGUGGAUCCACACUCAGAAGUACAGGGGAAGGUUCAUUUAGAGAUGAAGCUGAAUGAACUGAUCACAGAGAACGGCUCCAUCUGCCAACAGCUUGUGGUUCAGAUAAUUGCAUGUCAAGGUUUGCCGUUAAUAAGUGGGCAGAACUGCGACCCGUACGCCACAGUAACACUCGUGGGGCCCGCCAGGUCUGACCAGAAAAAAACUAAAGUGAAGAAGAAAACCAGUGACCCUCAGUUUGAUGAGACCUUUCAUUUUGAGGUCACAAGGUCAAGCAGUUAUAAAGGGAGGUCACAUUUUCACGUGGAGGAGGAGGACAUAGAGAAACUAGAGAUCAAGGUGGAGCUGUGGAAUAAUGGUAACUUGGCACAGGACGUGUUCCUCGGAGAGACACGGGUAUCUGUGAAAAUCCUGAGAAAUGACCAUGUCCACAGAGCAUGGUACUUGCUGCAACCGAAAGGAAACGGUACAAAGUCUAAACCAGAUGAUCUGGGUUCUUUACGUCUGAAAGUAACGUACACGGAGGACAACGUCCUGCCCUCGGCCUGCUACACAGCCCUCCGCAACCUGAUGCUCAAAUCCCCGGACGUCAAGCCGAUCUCAGCAUCAGCGGCUCAUGUUCUGGGAGAUAUUUGCAGAGAGAGUUUGGGGUAUGAGGCACUGCUUCCUGUGGUCAGACUGCUGCUCCAUCACAACAGACUGCUGCCAUUUCUCACUUCUGUUGCCGCCCUGGAGCUGGAGAAUACACAAGAGGCCAACACCAUAUUCAGAGGGAAUUCUCUGGCCACCCGCUGCAUAGAUGACAUGAUGAAGAUCGUGGGCAAAAGUUACUUGACCGUCACUCUCAAACCUGUUCUCAAUGAGAUCUUCGAAUCAAAUAAAACCUGUGAGAUCGAUCCUGUCAAACUGAAAGAGGGCGAUAAUGUGGAGGUCAACAAGGAGAAUCUUCAGGGUUAUGUGCAUAAGGUUUUUACGUCUAUAACACAGUCCAGCUCCAGCUGUCCUCCCCUCAUGUGUGACGUCUUCAGGUCACUCAGACAGCUCGCGUCCAAACGCUUUCCAGCGGAUCCUCAUGUGCAGUACUCAGCGGUCAGUAGUUUCAUAUUUCUGAGGUUCUUUGCGGUGGCUGUUCUGUCUCCACACACGUUCCAGCUGAGAUCCCAUCAUCCUGACCCUGAAAUUUCCCGCACGCUUACUCUUAUCUCGAAAACCAUCCAGUCUCUGGGCAGCUGGGGCAGCCUUUCCAAGAACAAACUGUCUAGCUUUAAAGAAACCUAUAUGUACGAUUUCUUCAAGUUGUUCCAAGAAGAUGAAUGUAUAGAAAAAGUAAAAAAGUUCUUAGAUGAGAUCUCCUCUAAUGUAAGUAAGGAGUCCAGUGGAGUGGAGGACUCAUUUGUGCUGAAGGAGGGAGAGGUACAUAAGCGGGCCCAGGGCAGGAAGCGAAUAGGAAAGAAGAACUUUAAGAAACGCUGGUUACGAGUGACCAAUCAGGAGCUGUCGUAUCACAAGCAGAAAGGGAAAGAAGCACUGUGCGUCAUUCCUGUGAAAAACAUCCUCGGUGUCGAGAAACUGGAAGAAAGUGCCUUUAACCGCAAAAACAUGUUUCAGGUAAUCCAUUCAGAGAAGCCUCUGUACGUUCAGGCGGGGAACUGUGUGGAGACCAACAGCUGGAUCGAGGUUCUGAGUCAGGUCAGCCGCUGUAACGCGGGACGGCUCAGCACGUUUCACCCGUCCGCUCACGUGGGUGGAUCCUGGUUAUGCUGUAAGGAGCCCAAUGAGAACACCCCGGGCUGCAAACCCUGCACUGCGACAGUGUUGGCUAAUAUUCAACUGGACAUCGACUGUGACAGAGAAACAGAACGCAUUUUCUCUUUCUUCUCCUCCAACCGCCCCAGACUACAGAAGAUGGAGGAUGCCUGUGCCGGGAUGUCAGUGUAUCUUGGGCAGCAGGAGGAGUGCUCAGCCUUCACUAUACAGGACCCUAAAGAGACCUUCCGUACUAUUCAAGAGCUCGGAGAAGUACUGGAUGAUCUGCAGGCUCACCACGACUCAAAGGGGGCACUAACUGAUGAACCAGGCACUAUCGAAAAUCCUAUAGUUGGAAAGACAGCGUAACAUUGUGACGGCAGGACCAAGUGGUACUGACACAGCCACACCAGCAGGGGGCGCUGUGUUUGUCGACAUGGAGGAGCAGGACAGCGCUCUGAUCACGCUCAGAGAAGCGCUGCCGUCCCACACGUGACUGAGUCUUACCUCUCCGGCAAUGGCCUGUCUGGAGUUACGGUGUGCUUGGACAAAUUUGGCCAGUCGAGAGAGGAGUGGUGUGUCCGUGAGUCGCUAUCAUUGGAAAAAUCUAGCUCUUUUCUCUGUGUGCCUGUUCGGUGUCUGUUUUAUAUCAGUUCUUAAGAUCGUUUAGUAACCUCAGUCGCCAGUCCGCACAGUAAGGAAAGAUUCCAAUCACCUCUUAUCCAUUCCUAAACAGGCUGUGAAAGUCCAGACAGCAGGAGUUUGUCUGAGAAAUUAUAGCUGCUAAAAUAGUCUUUGAAAGAACUCAACCUUCACAUUUUUCUUUAUAAACCGUCAGAACACCGGUCGUCUGAUGUUUUGGCUAGUAAAAUAACCACGUCAAAGGGAAUCUUCAUUGUUAUGUUAUGUUCUUGUAGUAUCGUCCCGCUCUCACCCAUCCCUUUGAGCGUGUGCACGGUUUUCUAUCUGUAGUGGAUAGAAUUAAUCUGCCUUAUCAAUUCCGUGGAGGUACUUACAAUCCCACACUUGUGUAUGAAUUAGGGACUAAUGCAGAAGCACUUUAGAUAUUUGGAAUAUUCCAGAUGAGAUUGUUUUAGAUACGUCGUAUCAACCUUUUUUCCCGAUAUAUCGAUCAGUUACAUGAUCGACCCUUGUGUAAUGUUCUGUAGAUAACGUUCAUAUCCUGUAGAUUUUUACUAGCUAUUUUUCUUACGCCAAAGAUGUUGUUUUGUAGGUUUUCAUGACUUGAAAAUGGUAUAUAUGUAGUUUUUUAAAAUACUUUUAAAAAAGGAGAAUGGCUAUCUAUAUUUCACGGACGUACAUUUUGGGAGCAUCAAACAUUUUGAUAAACGUGAAGAAGAUUACAUUCAAUCUUGGUCAUUUUUUCCCCAUACACACAAGGACAUUUGUUUGGAUAUUUCAUCGAAUGCUGUCAUAAGCUCUGUUCCAAAACCUAGCGAGCUGCCUACAAAGGUGUGCUCGCAGCAUCUAAUUGUGUGAGUUCUGCCUUCUUUGCAGGGAAUGCGAUCCCAUCAUCCACUGCAACAAACUCAAAAGCAUUGAUACAGUAGAAACUAAUUUCUCAAUACGGGUGUAUGCUAUGAGCUGCUGGCUUAGCAACGUGCAAACAGUCUAUCUGGAAUUGGAUUUAAAGCUAUUUGUGUGACUUGCAAGAGACCGUGCUGUCUUAAGUGUCAGCCAGGCAGCUCGCUAAGGUUUUGAAUGGAGCUGUAAACAUAGAUUGCUUGAUAUGUAACAAUCACCUGCAUCAUGAUGUUGUGUCACAGUUGUAGUUUUGUGGUGGAAUUGUCAUUUCGUGCUCACCACCUGCUAUUUAUUACAGGUCUACACAUUCACGGUUGUUUUAAAAUGAUCCCAUUCAGGGUUUUUCUGUAACAUGUCUUUGCUGUAACAUUGGAGACUGUAAUGUUCUGCUUGGAGUACUUGUGUUUUGCAUUUAUUGUUCGUAGUCUAGAUCGAUGGUUCUCAACUGGAAGGUUAAAAAAUGUUCCACAAGUCUGUUGUUUAAGGGUCAUGGGAAUACACAACGUGAAAUGCAAACAAUAAAAAGCACUGAUAGUGAAUAGUUAAGAUUAAAGCAAUAAGCCCCAAGAAGACGUGGUUUACAGUGAAUUUAUAACAGCUAAGGGGCGUUGUUGGGCAUGACGCAAAAACCCCCUUAGCUGUUAUAAAUUUACUGUAAACCACGGCUUCACAGGGGUUGUUGCUUUUAUAAAACGGUUAUUCCAUAUUCAUUUUAAGGUUUAAUUUUGAUAAAAACAUUAUUCUUCUGGUCGCGGUUGCAACAAAGCGGUUGCUGAGCAACACCCAAAGUAAACAAAGGUGUAUGUUAGUAGAGUCAUUUACAACAGCUUUGAAUGCGGCUCAGCCAAUCAGAAUCAAGAACUGGAACCAUCCGUUUUAUAAAAAGUGAAAUAAAUAGAAGAAAGAAUGGCUCAACUUUUAAACUUAAAAAUAACACUCUUUGUAAUGAUACAACAAAUACAUAGGAAUGAACAUUUUAACAAUUCAGUUUUAUUCGUCUGUAAUUAUGAAAAACACUAGCAGUAUUUAACAAUAGCAUCACUUUUAUGGGCACUACAGAUCUGUGCAUUCUGUAUAUGUGUCAUUAUGUGCCCAGUGCACACUGUACUGUUUUGUUUACAAAUUGACAAUUUCUGCGAUUGAAAAGUCUAUUAAUUGUCAUCAUUUGACUUUGAUUGCAUUUGAGACUUUGAUAGCUCACGUGCACUAAAGAACCAAUCGACUGCUGCAGUCAGGACGUAUUGUUGUAGGCCUGGUUCCCUCAACAAAAUCCAUAAAGGACUUUUUUCUUGGAUUUUGGUUUAUUGCAGAAAAUAAGCUCUCUGACAGGGAUGUCACUAACAAUUAAUUUGGUGAUCGGAUAAUUAGUCAAUUAUUCUGACGUUAAAGUGUUUUGUUUGUUUGUUUGUUUUUUGUUUCAAAAAAUAUAAAAAUAGACCUAAGCGGAAAAAAAAGUCUUUAAACAUUACAUAAUAACAAUGAGGAUAUAAUAAUUGGUUCAAAUAAAAUGUCAAAAGCAAGUAAUAUUAUGGCUUUACUGAGCAAAACAGAUUGUUUUUACACUUUAUAGCACAAUCUAAUCUUUGUUUAAUAUUGACUAAACAACAUUUAAUUCAAAUGUCCACAAAUCUUUAAUAUUUGGCCACUUGUUUGUGAUAGAGAUGCUACAGCCGCUGUCAUUUCUUGAAGAAGAACAUUAAAACAUGCAAGCUCAGAGCGAGAGUUUGAACUUUUAUUUUAAGGUCACAAUGAACAAUUAGCAUAUUUAGAAAGAUAAUGAUGCAUUCUCCUGUGUUGCCGUAGGCUUUUAAAUGAUUUACCUUAUUUACCUUACCAUUACAAGCAACUCAGACUCACAGCAUAUACAGAGAUGGAGCUUGAGACUGUCUGCACAUGUAAAUGAUAAGUGUUUGUGUGGAGCAGCAUUUACUGCGAACGUAGCUGAAACAAACGCAUAGAAAUAAAGAACAUAUUAAACCGCAGCGCAUAUAUUUAUUUGAAUGCAGCCUUCGUGACUUCACAAUAGCACUGUGCUUUAUUGUGAUUUUUAAUUGGUUUUCAUAUUUCACGCAGCCUUAGAAAACAGUGUAAUAAUGCUUUUCGUGGAUUCCUGUCCAUGGAACGUGCAACUUCCACAGGCAAAUCAGUAAUCGUGUAUUGUUAAUCGGUGAAAAAAAAUUGUGACAGCCCUACUCUUUGACCAACAAAGCAAUAAGCCCCGUGAAGCUGUGGUUUACAGUGAAUUUAUAACAGCUAAGCCUCUUAGCUGUUAUAAAUUCACUGUAAACCAUGGCUUCACGGGGCUUAUUGGUUUUCUAAAAAUGGUAUUCCAUAUACGUAGUAAGGUUUCACAAAAUAAAACAGAGCAAAUAAAGUGUAAUGAUAUUAAUAAAAACAAUAUUCUUCCGCCAAACAAUGUAGUUCCUCAGAAACGGUUGUGGUUGCAACAAAGUAAAAGCUUUAAAAAAUUACAAGGGGGUUUUACUGAUUUAAUAAAACAAAUGACAAGAUCUCAUUUCAUGCAUUUAACCAAAAACCAGCUGAAAAAAAAAUAAACAUUGACUUGAUGAUAGAACGGGAAGUGCUAAAAUGGUAACUUGUUCUGGGUUUGGCCUACAAAAAUAUAUCAUCCCUGCAGCAGUCUAUAGGACUGAUUGGUUUUGAAGAGAAUGUUUUCUAUAAGUAUAAACACCUGCGUGAAAGGAUUUUCAAAGUGUGCCACUUGCAGCGUUUUCCUUUACAUUGCAUUACAGUUGUCCCAAAUGAUAAUUUCAUCCAGAAAUGGCUUUCUCCAGUCUGGAUAUGGAUAUGUGAGUCUUUAUAAAUUCACUGAGUUGAUGACAUCUGUCAUUUAUAGAAGCUCACCAGAUCAAGCAGAUGCCAGCAUGGACGGAUUACAUUACGUACGGGUUACAGUGAGGACAUGAUUUGUCGAAACCACAACAUUUUGGCUGCUAAGAGCAUGAAAGCCUUGAAAGACUGUGUGAUACACAAUUUUGGUACAAUGUUGGUUCACCAACUGAUGUCCAAUAUAAACACAAAACCACUUGAGAACCACUGAUCUAGACAAACUAAAAAAAGUCUAACCUGUUAGUAUGUGACAUCAAGUUAAAGUGUACUUAGCAUGAUCAUUUUGCAUUCUUUAGCAAUAUGAGAGAAGAAUAUGUGAAAAAUGAUCAUUGGGGAACGUAGGAACCAGCAAGUGUUGCUUUCUUUGACUUUGGUAUUUCGGAGAAAGCAAACUUGAUUUCUGUCACACCUCAGUUUAGAUGUCAAAACACUCUAUUCUGAACAAACACGAGUAAGACGACAGAACAUCAGUCUACAUUUGUGAAAUUUUAGUGCUGUGCCUCCCAACCAGAUUUAUAUUUUUGUAAUCAUGAAAUUUUGAAAGCUAAAAGAUUGUAUUGAGCAUCGCUAAAGAGGCCUGGGAAACAAUUUGCCAUUUCAGCACGAACAAUUAUGCAACAUUCACCAUCCACUCAUGGUGUCAGAAUAUAUAUAUAUAUAUAUAUAUAUAUAUAUUUGUAUUUGGUCCUUGAGAUACGUCCAAUUUGUGUGUAUUUAUCAUUUCUCACGUGUGAUGUGUAGAUGUUCGUAGCACACUGUGAACUGAAUGUUGUCAUGAUCUGUUGAUGCAUUGGUUGAAUGGUACGUGGAUGCUCAUCUGGUACUCCGAGGCUCCAGUGAGCUUUAGUAGAAAUGUGGUACUGAUCAUCCUCACUUCAUAACUGUGGUAGAGCCAAAGGGCCGCGUGGGCUCGCUUAGCAUUGCGGUGAUACCGCAGACCUCCUCCAUUGGCUAGACUUGUCGGAUCGAAUUUAGUGGUUUGUGCGUAUUCACGUAAUUCCCGGCCGUCGCUGAACUGGGCAUAUUUUCAUCUCGUGUAAACACGCAGAGACCAUUACAACCAGCAUCCAGUGGCCUUUAAGACCCCCGACCCGGAUUCUUCUUUAACAUUCCCAAUUUAGCACUUAUUGAGUCGACGGAACAAUGUCAUUUUUCAUUUUCUUGAAGUCUCGAAUGUAUAUCGGUACGAUUCUAACGUUUCAAACCAUUAUGUGCUCCUGUUAUUAUGAUGUUUGUGCUCGAAUUCCACCCCGUUGCUGUAAUUGGGUCUGCAAGUCGCCUUUUGAAAACCUUGUAGUUUAAAUGCAUUUCUUAAAUUAUUAUAUUUUUAGAUCAAUAAUGUAGGUCUGUAAAACUGCUAUAAAUAUUUGCACAAAUUUGACCACUUUUUGUUUUUUUUGUCUACCCAUUCCCAUUCCUCUUCCAAUGUAUUACUAAUUGUACUGGACAUGUUUGCUUCAUUUUGUUAUUUAAAUGUUUUUAUACCAUUAUUUUCACAAUACAAGCUCACAUAAUUCCUGUGUUAUUAGUUCUGUGGAAUUAAUUUGCAAUAAAUAUAUUGUUUGUGUGA